UGCGCAUGUGCGGCCCCCUUCCUGCCGUUAGGCAGUUGGGGCGCCGUUGCUGGUGGUGUCUGGGGUAGCGUAGAAAUGGCUGGCGGCCAGGCUUGCCUGAGGGAACUUGAGGCGAACGCAGAGGAGUUGGACUGCGAGUUGGACUGCGACGCCGGCCGAGACGACUGGAGCCUGAGCCUCCUGGAGCCAGUCGACGAGGAGCAGUGCCGCCACAUCCGCAGGCAGUACCGGCAGCUGAUGGACAGCGUGCAGCAGAGGCGCGACUCCAUCGUGGGUGCCCCGGGCGACUCGCUGUCCGAGGCCCUGGAGGAGGCCAAUGCACUGUUCGAUGGCGUGAGCCGCCCGCGGGAGGCCGCGCUCGACGCACAGUUCCUGGUCAUGGCUUCGGACCUGGGUUGUGAGAGGGCGCGGCAGCUCAACAGGGACCUGCGCCUGUUUGACGUGGUGGCCUUCAGCGAGCUGCUGCUGGCCUUCGCCGGCCUGAGCUGGCUGGAGGUGGCACAGGAGCAGAGCCAGGACGGCGAGGGCCUGGGCCCGGCCUUCUGGAGCGCCGUGCGGCGCGAGGCGGCCGCGUGGCUGGCGCAGACCGAGACCUUCCACUUCCUCCUCAGCUCCCUCUGGUUGGGGCCCGAGGCGCAGACCCCGGAGCGGCCCCGCAGGGCGCGCAGAGCCCACGUGGGCCCGGCCGAGCCCACCAAGCUGGUGCGCCUCGACCCGAGCGCCCCGCAGGAGUCCACGGAGCGCGAGGUGGAGCGCGUCCUGGGGCUGCUGCAGACCUACUUCCGCAAGUACCCCGACACACCCAUGUCCUACUUCGAGUUCGUGGUGGACCCGCACUCCUUCGCGCGCACGGUGGAGAACAUGUUCCACGUGUCCUUCAUCAUCAGGGAUGGCUUUGCGCGGAUGCGGCUGGACCAAGACCGGCUGCCCGUGCUCGAGCCCGUGGACGCCGGCCCUGCGGAGGACUACGACCUCGGUGGCUGGGGCCGCAAGCAGGGAGUGAUAACUCUGAGUUUACAGGACUGGGAGAACAUCGUGGCCACAUUUGAGAUCUCCCAGGCCAUGAUCACCAGUUCAUGCUAA